UGAGGUGAGGUUUUUUCUGUUGUUUUUUUUGGUGUGGGGUGUGUGUGUGUGUGUUUGAAAAAAUAGAUCUAUUGUUUAGGCAACUGUUAGGCUUUCACUGCCCUGCCUUGGUGACAGCUGGGAGCACAGGUCUGUUCCCUGCAUGUUUGGGAGGACCAAGGGCGCUGCUGAGUGCUCACCAGGAGGAGACGGAGCUGUUCAAGGGAUGGAUAUCUAGUGGGGGUAGGGGAAUAUGCUGGGGAGGCUCUGUCAGUGGAUGUCCGGUAUUUCUUCAGUGUUAGAAAUAGAGCAAACUGCCCCUGUACUCAUCGUACCCAAAUGACCUGUAGCCCAGAGUGCAGUGCCUGGCCCUCACAGAGGGAGCUCAGGUCUGACAGGGGAGAGUUUAUGAUGGGACUCCUUGUCUGUGGCUGUGCUGAGCACUGGACUGAGGGGUGCCUGGCUCCCUAAGUGGGUCUCCACUGUGGAAACUUUACGGGACUACAGGUUUCACUUGGGAACUGAGUUUGUUGGAGUCUGGUGCUGUGAAGGCACACCUCUGUUACCUUGGGCAGACGGGGACCCCUGGGUACCCUGUGGACAGAUGGGCGAUCCAGUACAAUCCUGGCAGAGGUCAGUCUGCAGAGCAUUGCUGUCUGUGCCCCCCCGCCCCCACCUCACCCCAGUCUACUUGUCCCAUAAAAUACCAGCAGAAAAUAGCAUCUUUUCAGAGCGGCUGGCAUCUAUGAAACCAACUGCAGAGCUGAUGCCAUCCCAGGCUGGGGACUAGUGACAAGACGUCUGAGGAAUGAGGGAUGGCUCCAUUGUCUACCUAAGGAAGGGAACGCAUUCCUCAUAUGCUGCACAUGUAGCCCAUGGAGGAGCUGGACUAAUGAGUGAUAAUACUUAAAUCACAUGGGCAAAGCCCUGUUUUAAGAAUAUUUUUACCACCAGCACAGGUGAGAAGAGGUACAAAGACUGUGGCUUCAAAUGUCUGCAAAGCCCGGUGUUUACACGUGCAGUCCAAAUCAUGCAAUAAUUCAGAUGGGAAGGAACCUCAGGAGGUCUGUAGUCCAACCUCCUGCUCAAAGCGAGGGCAGCUUUGUGACCAGACCAUGUCACUCAAGGUUUUAAACUGCUAGGGCUUGAAAACCUCCAAGGAUGGAGGCUGCACAACCUCUCUAGAUGGGUAAAAAAACGUUUCCUACUAGUGCAAAUCUUUGUCAUUUUAUCCAUUCUGAACUUCUCAUUUCACUCAGCAUUUUAACUCUUGUUCUUUCACUGUGCACCAGGGUGAAGAGCCUGACUCCAUCUUCGUGAUAACCUCCUUGUAGGUAUUGGAAGGCUGUUAGGUCCUCCUGAAGCCUUUUCCUUCCCAGGCUGAGCAAGCCUGGUUCCCUCAGCCUCUCCUUGUGUUGUAUGUGAAUGGCUGGCUCCAGGACCCUGACCAUCUUGACCUCAGAUUCUUCUCCCCAAACUGCCCCCCUGGCCAGUUAGUUCCCAGCACGUGUUUUUGCAAGGAUAUUUUCCUUACUGGGCGCGGGACAUUGCAUUGGUCGUUGUGGAACUUUGUCAGGUGCCUGUCAGGGUCCCUCUGGAUGGCAGCUCUGACCUAGAGGGUAUCAGCUGCUCUCCCUGCUGUGUUGCAGUCUGUGAACUUCAUAAGCAACUAUAUUGUUGCCUCUGCCAGAUCAUUGGUAGAGGUGUUAAACAGGAAUACUCCCAGCACUGACCCAUGUGUGUGACCCAUUAACAACUGUCCUCUGAGUCUUACUGCCCAGCAAGGUUCUUUACCCAUCUAGUUGCCUACCCAUGCAGACCACAGACUCCUAGCUCGGACACAAUAAUGUUGUGGCAGAUAGUUUUGGGAGCUGAGGUUGGGCAGCAUUCACUGCUCUCCCCACAUCCACGGAUUUAUUUUGUCAUAAAAGGCAAUUGGGAUGGUCAGAUGGGAUUUACCUCUUAGUAAAUCCGUGCUGACUGUUCCCAGUCGCGUUGUCUUUUCUGUACCCAGAAAUGUGCUCCAAACACAUGUCUGUGGUUUUUAUCCCCUCUUCAUUGUUGUGGUUUUUUUUUUUUUUUUUUCUUUUCUGCUCUUGAAAAAGAAACCUAUCAGGAAAGCAAGCCCUUAUCUUGGCUAGUGUCUCUUGAGAGGAUGUGGGAGCCAGACUGGGCAUCAGUCCACAGUCAUCAGGGCAAAAUCCAAAUCAGGUUUUAUUUUUCCAUACUCUGUCACAUGCGUACUGCCAGUGUGAAAAUACUCCAUGUGCCUGUCGUGAUAGCCAAAAGGACUCGGUCCAAAUCCGGUUUUGAUCUUAAGAAGAAUUGGCCUGGAUCAAAUGACCUGCGACAUGGGAAUUCAUCUGCCUUCCCAGCUCCAAAACUGCGAACGCUGCAGCUGACGAGCUCACUCGUGCACAGAGCAGGCAAGAGCAGCAGAGAGGACGUGGGUCCCUGGCCUCAUCCAGUCAGUGCCUGGUCCUUAGCAUUCAUUUUCAAGAAGCUUGUUUUGACCAGGAGCUGCUGAGCAGCUCUGCUCUUCACUUGUGUUGACCUUGAGCUGUGCUCUAGCAUGGGGCCAGAUGCUUUUGGAGCAGAUGUCCUGCUUCAGCCUGUGCUGUGUGUUGGGGUGGUGAGGACUGCCUGGGUCACACAUGUUCACACAGUGCUUUGGCUGCAGUCCUUGGGUGUAUCUGAGUGAUGGUAGCAUCUUUAAUUGCUUGUGACUACCUCCAACCAGAGCAGCCUGCUGUGCCCUGGAGGGACUGUCCAGGACAAUUCCAGGGCAGGUAUUUCCCACAGCACUGGAUUUACAUGCUGCCUUCAAACGAACUCCCCAUCUGAUGGUGUAAGUCACAUGAGGGAGGGAAAAUCGAUGCUUCUGCUGUUUGGAAACAAGGUACGGUGUCCUGGUAGGUGCCAGAUCCACAGACAUCUGUUAUCUUUCUUGACCAGUUACGUUCAGCAAAUGCUUCCUGAUGGUGCCAGCUGGGCCUCCAUGCUUCCAGGCCUUGAUGAGUCUCUUGACAAGGAGCUGCUGGCCUGAGGCCUGCAGGGUGAUCCUGGCUUGCUGACUGAGCAGUCACCCGGCAUCAUCCGCUCGGCGCAGAUCUGUACCAGCACCCUUUCUGAGACAGAGACAACCUCAGGAGUGCUCCCGAGCCACCCUAAAGGAUGACCCAGCCAGCUUGACUUGGGAGUGAGCCGCAAUGCUGGUGAGGGGGUGGGCGGCAGAAACUGCACCCAGGGACACUGAGCUUCAGUGGCAAAGGUGUCUGGCCAUUGAAGAAAGCCGGCUGAAACUUCGUGUCCUCCUGCACCCGCCCAGAAUCUUUGCUGCUUGUUGGCUAUUAGCAGCCUGAAGAAGAAAGCAAGUCUUCCUCAUCCCUGUCUGGGGCCAGGACUAUGUAUGGUUUGAGAUACCGCAGCUCUUUUCCCCUUUCUCCAGUAACUUUGUAGAUAUCUGUAUUUUCUGAGCCAUUUCUCUCUUCAUCAGAUGCGUUGUCCAAGCACUGAACCUGUGUUCGGAAGAUGUGCUGCCAUCAGCCCAUAGCCAGGACUGUGGGAUGGGUGAGGUGUCCCAUGUGCUCUUCGGUGAGAUACCGGAUGGAGCUGAAGGCUGAGCACUGAGUUGGGCUCUUUUACCACCUACCUGCAAAUCAGUAUGUAUCUUCAGUCAGGUAAAGCAAGCGAUGUGCGGGAUGCUGAGGGUGAAACGGCUAGGAACAGCCUGCCAUGAUGCACUGAGGUUUCUGGUUGCAGCCAACGCUUUCCAGUCCUUGCUGCUGACGUGGGGUGCUCCCCUGGAAGACCUGGGAGCUGUGGCUCCAGCACCAUGCUGGGGCUGCUCAGGACCUCUCCAGCCCUGUGUCAGUGGCCGUGUCCUUAGUGAAGCAGGCACUCUGGGCUGGAUAUGGGGGAAUGGCCACAGUCCUUGCUCCUAGAUGUGAACUGAUAAGUAGGCCGGUUUUUACUGGAUUGCUCUUAGGUUUGGUGGCCUACAAAGAAAAGCAAAAAGCUAACUUAUUUCCCCUCUAGAACAGAGUUUAAAAGGGUGGUUUGGUUAAAAUGGAAACUGAUUUUUUUUUUUCUUUUAAGCAAGCUAUGCUGCUCAUGCAAUAUCUAGCCCCUAACUUCUAGCAGUUCUACAUCAGCUGUACAUGUCCCUGGGAGUGUGAGGAUCUGUGCUGGGGAGACCUGAGCAGGAAUGGUUGCAUCUGUCUCUGUGCAAGAGCCAGCUCAUUCCAUGUUUUAAGCUGUGUAUUACUAGUUUAAUAAAGUAGGUUUCUUCAGCAUGCCAGGGAACUUACUCAGCUACAGCUUUCUAAACCUCCUUGUUCUCCCAAAGUUCUUUGUGCAAAAAUAGAUAGACACCAACCAGUAAAUCCACCUUUAAUUUGUGGGGGUAUAUUGAGCCAUGGGCGCCCUUAUCUGAAUGAAGGGCAGUAAUGAAAGCUCCCUGGCAACACCAGGGCUAGAGAGCCUUGCAAGGCAAUGCAGCUUGCUGCGAUAGCACCCUUGUGACCUUCACCUCAGGACAGCUUUGUGUCUGCAAAUGAUGUUGGCAGCAUGGAGCAACAGAUGUAACUGCAGCUGCUGUUCCCCAGGGCUGUCUGCAUGUAGAUGUGCACCUACACGUGUGCCCUGGAGCCUUUCGGCAGUGCUGUAGGAAGGUUUUGGGGGUAAAGGAAGCUGUUUCACUGUCCUCGGCUUGUGAGAAGCUGGAGCAGGGUAUUGUUGCCUGGGAGCACCCUAAAUCUCCUUUUUUGCUGGGACAUCAUUUCAUGCCUGCCCAGACACCAAGCAGCACAGCUUGUGGCAGUCCUGGCUGUGGUAGGGAGGUGUCACUGCUUCUUCACAAGGAGCAAUGUUGCACCCUGUUGUGGGGCAGCAGCCCCCUUGUCCCAGCCGGGUGUGCAGUUGGCCCGUUUGCAGAGCAAUCCCCUGGCACUGCCUUUGGCUGCGUGGUGUGGGAGGGGAGGCAGGACGGCCCUGGGCACUAGUAGCUCUGAGUCCAGAGGAGCAAGGAGUCCAGAGCUCUGAGCUAAGAAAGGAGAUCCAGGCACUCAAGAAGUAAAACAAAAAGGCUGCUUUUCCCUAUCCAGCACUUGUGAGGCCAAGAAGUAAGCAUCCUUUGCUUUUACAAGAAAAUACUGGGACUGAAUGUGCACGCUGGUUCGCAGCAGCAACAGUGGCUCCUGAGCAUCUGUGUAUUAGAUACAGGCUCUUGAGAAGUUAAGAAAUCCCUCCUCACCACCUGAUCUCUCCCUUUGCACCACACCAUUUCUUAAUUUAGUUUAUAUUUUUAGUGCACUUUGUUCACAUUUGAAAAGAUGUCUGUUGAAGGGGGCCAUUGCUCUGAACACAGGUGUGUGGCUGAGCCCUUGCUCCUCGCCCACAGGCACCCUCAUGGAGGUGUGGUGGACCGUGGUGACCUGGGUUCACAGCAGCAAGCCCAAGGCCUGUGCUCACCUUGCUUGGACCGCUCAGCCCCAGCACAGGUGGCUUUGGGUUUCCCUGGGGGCUGGCAGGGUCCUCCACAAGUGCAGAGGUGGCGCUUGUGUGUGGCCUGUCGUAGGUAAUGGCUUUGUGGGUAGGAGGCUAAUCCUGCACAACCCUGGGGUUUAGGUGAAGCGGUUGGGAUGUCCUCCAGUCCUGGGAGUGCAAUAAGAAGUCUCUCUCUACAGGAAUGGGACCAAACCCCAGAUGUUAUACUGGGAGUGAGGUGUCCACCAGCUGAGCCCUGGAGCCUCCAGGCUGCAGCCAGGUUUCCUUCUGCUGCCCCUGCUUCUGACACUGACUCUUCAAUAUCUGUCUCCGCUUCUGGGAAGAGAUCAGAGAUGUGAGCCCGUUCCUUCCUUCUUUCUGUCAACUGACAAGCCAUGAGCAGAGAUGCUGACAUGGAGGUGUUUGGGGAGGCUGCACCAUACCUGCGCAAGUCGGACAGGGAGAGGAUAGAAGCUCAGAACCAGCCGUUUGAUGCCAAGACCUACUGCUUUGUGGCUGACCCCGAGGUGGAGUACACCAAAGGGAAGAUCAAGGCUGCACAGGGUGGGAAGAUAACUGUUGAGACAGAGGAUGGCAGGAUGGUUGCUGUCAAACCCGAUGAUGUAUAUGCCAUGAACCCACCUAAAUUUGACAGAACUGAGGAUGUGGCCAUGUUGACCCACCUGCAUGAACCUGCCAUCCUCUACAACCUCAAGGACCGCUACAGCUCCUGGAUGAUCUAUACCUACUCGGGGCUCUUCUGCAUCACUGUCAACCCCUACAAGUGGCUGCCGGUGUACAACCCGGAGGUGGUGUUGGCCUACCGAGGCAAGAAGCGCCAGGAGGCCCCUCCACACAUCUUCUCCAUCUCGGACAACGCCUAUCAGUUCAUGCUGACCGAUGAUGAAAAUCAGUCUAUCCUAAUCACCGGAGAAUCCGGUGCCGGGAAGACUGUGAACACGAAGUGUGUCAUCCAGUACUUUGCAACAAUUGCAGCGAGCGGGGACCUAGCCAAGAAGGAGGAGUCCUGGAUGAAGGGUACGCUGAAAGAUCAAAUCAUCAGCGCUAACCCACUGCUGGAGGCCUUUGGGAAUGCCAAGACUGUGAGAAAUGACAACUCCUCACGCUUUGGCAAAUUCAUUCGUAUUCAUUUUGGUACCUCUGGAAAACUGUCCUCUGCUGACAUUGAGACCUACUUGCUGGAAAAGUCAAGAGUCACUUUCCAGCUGAAAGCUGAGAGAAGCUACCACAUCUUCUACCAGAUCCUCUCCAACAAGAAGCCUGAACUGCUUGAGAUGCUCCUCAUCACAGCCAGCCCGUAUGAUUACCCAUUCAUCAGCCAAGGGGACAUUUCUGUGGCCAGCAUUGAUGACCGGGAGGAGCUUGUUGCCACAGAUGCAGCCAUUGACAUUUUGGGCUUCAGCUCCGAUGAGAGAAUGGGGAUUUACAAACUGACAGGGGCAAUCCUGCACUACGGGAACAUGAAAUUCAAGCAGAAGCCACGUGAAGAGCAGGCAGAGCCGGAUGGCACGGAAGAGGCUGACAAAGCAGCGUACCUGAUGGGCCUGAACUCAGCAGACUUGCUGAAAGCUUUGUGCUAUCCCCGGGUGAAAGUGGGAAAUGAAUAUGUCAUGAAGGGUCAAACAGUGGAUCAGGUGCAGCAGGCUGUGAAUGUAAUUUCCAGGUCAGUCUAUGAAAAACUCUUCCUGUGGAUGGUGAUGCGCAUCAACCAACAACUGGAUACAAAGCUGCCAAGACAGCACUUUAUUGGCAUCUUAGACAUUGCUGGCUUUGAGAUUUUUGAGUUCAACAGCCUGGAGCAGCUGUGCAUCAACUUCACCAAUGAGAAGCUGCAACAGUUCUUCAACCGCCACAUGUUCGUGCUGGAGCAGGAGGAGUACAAGAAGGAGGGAAUUGAGUGGGAGUUCAUUGACUUUGGGAUGGACCUGGCUGCCUGCAUUGAGCUCAUUGAGAAGCCCAUGGGCAUCUUCUCCAUCCUGGAAGAGGAGUGCAUGUUCCCCAAGGCAACUGACACCUCUUUCAAGAACAAGCUCUACGACCAGCACCUGGGCAAGUCCAGCAACUUCCAGAAGCCCAAGCCUGCCAAAGGCAAGGCUGAGGCCCACUUCUCCCUGGUGCACUAUGCUGGCACGGUGGACUAUAACAUCACUGGCUGGCUGGAGAAGAACAAGGACUCCCUGAAUGAAAGUGUUGUGGGGCUGUAUCAGAAAUCAUCAAUGAAAAUUUUAUGCAGUCUUUAUGCCACCUUUGCUUCCAUAGAUGAAGUUGAAAAUGGUGGUAUUAAGAAGAAAGGAACCAAGAAAAAGGGCUCUUCCUUCCAAACUGUCUCUGUACUCUUUCGGGAAAAUCUAAAUAAGCUGAUGUCCAACUUGCGAGCAACUCAUCCUCAUUUUGUGCGUUGUAUCAUUCCUAACGAAACAAAGACCCCAGGGCUGAUGAAUCACAAGCUUGUUCUGCACCAGCUGAGAUGUAAUGGUGUUCUGGAAGGCAUUCGAAUCUGCAGAAAAGGAUUUCCCAGCAAGAUAUUAUAUGGGGAUUUUAACCAGAGAUACCGCCUUUUGAAUGCUGGUGUCAUUCCAGAAGGACAGUUUGUUGAUAGCAAGAAGGCAUGUGAAAAGUUGCUGUCUUCCAUUGAAAUAGAUCAUACUCAGUACAAAUUUGGACACACUAAGGUGUUCUUCAAAGUAGGUUUGCUAGCUGUCCUGGAAGAGAUGAGAGAUGAUUGUUUAGGACAACUGAUCACACAGACACAGGCUUUAUGCAGGGGAUACCUCAGGAGACUUGAAUUUAAAAUAAUGCUAAAGCGAAGGGAUUCCAUCUUCUGCAUUCAGUACAACAUCCGUGCGUUCAUGAAUGUCAAGCACUGGCCCUGGAUGAAGUUGUUCUUCAAGAUAAAACCCCUCUUAAAAAACGUGGAAACUGAGAAAGAGAUGGCCAUGAUGAAGGAAGAGUUUGAGAGAACAAAAGAAGAACUGGCUAAAUCAGAAACCCAGAGGAAAGAACUGGAAGAAAAACUGGUGACUCUGGUGCAAGAGAAAAAGCACCUGCAGCUGCAAAUACAGACUGAAAAUGAAAAUUUGGCUGACGCUGAAGAGAGAUGUGACCAGCUGAUCAAAUCAAAAUUCCAGCUGGAAGCAAGAUUAAAGGAGUUAGUGGAAAAACUGGAGGAUAAAGAGGAGAUAAAUGCUGAUCUGGCAGCCAGAAAGAGGAAACUGGAGGACGAAUGCUCUGAGCUGAAGAAAGAUAUUGAUGACCUUGAGUUAACAUUGGCCAAGGCUGAAAAGGAAAAGCAUGCCACAGAAAACAAGGUUAAAAAUCUGAAUGAAGAAAUGACAGGUUUGGGUGAGACUAUUGAGAAGUUAGACAAGGAGAAGGCGGCCCUGCAAGAAGCCCACCAGCAGGCGCUGGAUGACCUGCAAAUUGAGGAGGACAAAGUUAAUUCCCUCACCAAAGCCAGGAUCAAGCUGGAGCAACAAGUGAACCAUGUUGAAGGAUCUUUAGAACAGGAAAGAAAAGUUUGUAUGGAUCUUGAACGAGCAAAGAGAAAGCUUGAGGGAGACUUGAAACUUUCCCAGGAAACCAUAAUGGAUCUGGAGAAUUCUAAACAACAUUUAGAUGAAAAAUUAAGGAAGAAAGACUUUCAGUUUAACCAGAUGCAAAACAAGAUGGAGGAACAGCAGAAUUCAGGUACUCGAUUGCAGAAGAAGAUCAGAGAAUUGCAGGCCCGUGUUGCAGAGCUGGAAGAGGAGAUUAUGAGUGAGAAAGCAACGCGGGCAAAAGCAGAGAAGCAUUGUGAUGAGCUGGCUAAUGAACUCGAGGAAAUCAGUGAAAGACUUGAAGAGGCUGGAGGAGCCACCACGGCUCAAACUGAACUUAACAAGAAGCGUGAGGCAGAAUUUCAGAAGAUGCGUCGCAACCUGGAGGAGGCCACGCUGCAGCACGAAGCCACGGCUGCGGCCCUGCGCAAGAAGCACGCGGACAGCACCGCUGAGCUUGGGGAGCAGAUCGACAACCUGCAGCGAGUGAAGCAGAAGCUGGAGAAGGAGAAGAGUGAGCUCAAGAUGGAGAUUGACGACUUGGCCAGUAGUACAGAGACCAUUACUAAGUCCAAGGCUAAUCUGGAAAAAAUGCACCGCACCCUGGAAGACCAGAUGAGAGAGAUAAAAGCUAAAUUUGAGGAAAACCAGAGAAAUACAAAUGAGAUGGUGAUACAGAAAGCCCAGCUCCAGACAGAGUCCGGUGCACUAACUCGUCAACUUGAAGAGAAAGAAACCAUAACAUUGCAACUGUCCAGAAGCAAGCAGGCAAUUACAUACCAAAAUAAAGAACUUAAAAGACAGCUAGAGGAAGAGAUCAAGGCCAAGAACGCGCUGGCCCAUGCCUUGCAGUCUGCUCGCCACGACUGUGACCUGCUGCGGGAGCAAUACGAGGAGGAGCAGGAAGCCAAGGGGGAGCUGCAGCGCGCCCUGUCCAAGGCCAACAGCGAAGUGGCCCAGUGGAGAACCAAAUACGAGACGGACGCUAUUCAGCGCACGGAGGAGCUGGAGGAGGCCAAGAAAAAACUCUCUCAGCGUCUCCAGGAAGCAGGACAGCAGGCAGAGGCUGUGAAUUCCAAGUGUGCCUCCUUGGAGAAAAUGAAGUUGAAGUUGCAGAGGGAGGUGGAGGAUCUGAAAGUGGACAUAGAGAGAGCAAACAUGUUGGCAACUACCCUUAGCAAGAAACAGCAGGACUUUGAUAAGGUUGUGACAGAAUGGAAGGGAAAGUAUGAGGAGAGCCAGUUGGAGCGGGAAGCUGUCUGUAAAGAAUCACACUUGAUGACCACAGAGCUUUUCAAAGUGAAAAAUGCCUAUGAGGAAAUCUUAGAUCAGCUUGAAACAAUUAAGCAGGAAAACAAGACUCUCAAGCAGGAAAUAGUUGAUCUGACUGAACAAAUUACUGAAAAUGGCAAAAUGAUGGGAGAGCUGGAGAAAAACAAAAAACAAGCUGAAGCAGAAAAAUCUGAGCUGUGGUUAGCUCUGAAAGGGGCAGAGGCAGCUCUUGAGCAUGAAGAGGUCAAAAUCCUUGAUGUCAACCAAGAACUGGCUCAGAUUAAAUCAGAAAUCAACAGAAAGAUUGCUGAGAAAGAUGAGGAGAUCGGCCAGUUAAAAAAGAACCAUCAGAGAACUGUGGAGACAAUGCAGGGUGUUUUGGAUGCUGAGAUCAGGAGCAGAAGUGAUUCCUUAAGGCUGAAGAAGAAGAUGGAGGGAGACCUGAAUGAAAUGGAGAUCCAGCUGAGCCAUGCCAACCGCGUGGCUGCAGAGGCACAGAAACACCUGCAGGGCAUCCAGGGAGCUCUCAAGGACUCGCAGCUGCACUUGGACGAUGCUCUGAGGACGCAGGAGGACCUGAAGGAGCAGGUGGCCAUGGUGGAGCGCCGAGCAAACCUGCUGAAGGCUGAAAUUGAGGAGCUGCGGGCAGCCCUGGAGCAGACGGAGCGGUCAAGGAAGGUGGCUGAGCAGGAGCUUCUGGAUGCCACCGAACGAGUGCAGCUCCUCCAUACCCAGAACACCAGCCUUUUUAAUACAAAGAAGAAGCUUGAAACUGAUAUGGCGCGAAUGCAAACUGAGAUGGAAGAUAUUACUGAUGCAGCAAAAAAUGCUGAAGAAAGAGCAAAGAAGGCAAUCGCAGAUGCAGCUGUGAUGGCAGAAAUGCUGAAGAAGGAGCAGGACACCAGUGCCCACCUGGAGAGGAUGAAGAAGAACCUGGACCAGACAGUGAAGGACCUGCAGCACCGUCUGGAUGAGGCUGAGCAGCUGGCUCUGAAGGGAGGCAAGAAACAGCUCUUGAAGGUGGAGACAAGGAUCCGUGAGUUAGAAGCUGAGCUGGAAGAAGAACACAAACAAUCUGCAGAGGCUGUGAAAAUCACCCACAAAUAUGAACGGCGUCUCAAGGAACUUAAUUUCCAGAAUGAAGAACACAGGAAGAACAUGAUGAGGCUACAAGAUCUGGUAGAUAAACUGCAGAUGAAAAUCAAAUCCUACAGGAGACAAGCUGAGGAAGCUGAUGAACAAUCCAACACUAAUCUCUCCAAAUUCAGAAAAGCACAGCAUAAGCUAGAAGAGGCUGAGGAAAGGGCAGGUAUUGCUGAGAGUCAAAUAAACAAGCUGAGAGCUAAAACCCGAGAAGUCCCCACUACAAAGGUGGUGUUAGGAAGUGAAAAAUGAGCUUCGUCUGGGAUAACUGGAACUUAAAUAAAGUGCCUUUCCAGCUGUGGAUUUGCAGUAGCUAGAGCUACACUGGUAGGAAGUACUCUUCCAUUUACUGAUGAACAAAAACAUUUUCUGUCACUUUGCUCUACCAGUGUCAAUAAAGUAGAUAUCUGCAACUUUAGAUGCUCCAAAUGUUGGUGCUCAGGAAUGAGAGUAAUUUUCUUUGUAAGUUAAGCAUAGUCAAAACUGUGGGUUCAAGUCUUACUGCUGCUAUGAUCGUGUUUGAGCAAUUUUGUCCUGGCCUUAAAAUCUAGGUGUUCUACAGGCUUCCUCCAUACCUCCUGCUUGAAAGCAGAUAUCCAGACCUUGUUAAAUGAAGCAGAGGAUAAACUACUGUAUGAGCAGAUGUGGUAUGUUAAAAAUGCAGUGCGAACAAAAUUACAGCAUUCAUGCCUAGCUUCACUGCUCCUGUUGGACGGCGGACCUGUUUCUUCCAUUACCACAAAAUAAUCAGGAGCCUUAGUCACUUAGCUGGCACCACACCAGGUCAACAGUUCCCUCAUGUGCAGCACCACUGAGAUCCUACAUGCCAGGCACAUCUGGCCCACCUGACCUGCGGUCUUACUUCGGUGUGCAGAAAGCGGGGGUAGAGCUGUACUGUAGGUGGGACCCACUGCUGAACACAGCCUUGUCCAAACAAACAGCCCCCUGUUGCAGCCUAUUAGUACAUCACUUCCUUGCAUCAGAAAACCUGGAGAUUCACAUCUCCAGUCCAGGUUGCAUGAACUAUGAAUGGUAUCUCAGUUUGAGAGCAAAACCUCGAGAGCUCAGUACCGGAGGUACCACCUAGGAACCACUACGUAAACUAAGGUGGUGUGGCAUGGCUUCCCACGUUGGCAAAGGCACUGCCAUGCCUGCAGAGCACAGCAAAGCCAACUGACAGAGCAGUCUAUCACCCUAUCACUGCUUGGACUCCAGGAGUUUGAAGGCCUCUGAUGUUUCUCUUUUUUUCCACAUAUUACACAAUGGUUGAGGUUGGAAAGAAUCUCUGGAGGUCAUCACAUCCAAAACCCCCUCCACACCCCCAUCACUCCACUCUGGCCCCAGUGAAAACACAAUGUACACAUGCUUUAGAAGUGUCUGAUCUUUCAUUUAUUCUAGUAAAAGCUGAUUGCAAUGUAUUUUCUAGCAGAGAUGUUUUACUCGGCACCGUCCGUUCUCCCUGCUGCCUGGGCCCUUCUGUUAUUCACAAACACAAGCUCAGUUUGUUUGAGCUCUUUAGUCUGCACUCUAGGAUGGGUCUCACAGGACCCUACCCAUUGCUUCUUCCUUUAUGUGGCUGCUAAUGAACUUGUGAUCACUGACUGGAUUGACUGGUACUGCAGGCUGGGCUCCCCAAGUGUGGGAGUAAGUCUCAGAAUCAUUGGGACAGUGUCUGCAUUGCUUCCACGUGUUGUCUGGGUUCUGACCUCACAGCUUCUGGUUGGACAUGCUGUUUCAUUAGCUUCGCACAGUAGUUUAGUGUCACAAAGAGGAGUCUCUCAGGGGUUCCUUGCUAAAUCUAGGUCUGGUUGUUGCUGCUGGGGUUGUUGUCAGAGUGUACCGCAGAGCAUCCCUUUCUAGGUAGU